AUGGAGUUAUCUGCCCUAACAGUUUUUGAUAAUUAUUUGGUCACAGUUGAUGACAGGACAGGGAUUGUACACAAGAUAGUUAACAAUUUUACAAGUUUGGUUCCUUGGGUUAUUCUAAAUAAUGGACCUGGUUCUUCUAAACAAUUUAAAGGGGAAUGGAUGACUAUAAAAAAUGAUUGUUUGGUUGUUGGAAGUUUAGGGUUUGGUAAUGUUUAG